CGGUCUAACUGCUCAUUAGCGAACCGAAUAUUCCAAAUUGAAAAUUGAGUUCUCAUUAUUGUUCCAAAUCAUUAUCACCGAAAAAAACUACAAAUUCUUUGAUUUUUGUCCAAUUUUUCUUUUGUUUUUGUUGCUGAAAAAUGGCUAAUACUGCUGCUGCUGUUGUUGUUACUACAGUUGAUCCACUUGAUCAACUUUAUGAACAUUAUAAUAAGCUUGAUUCUGCAAAAGAAAACAUUAAACAGUAUGAAUCCAAUUACUUGGCCAUAUUGAAUGCUGUACAUGGUACUCCGCAGGAAAAACAACUUUGUUCACAAUUUAUAUCGAAAUUUUUCGUUCAUUUUCCUGAUCAUUAUGAAUCGGCAAUUGAUUCAUUACUUGAUCUUUGUGAAGAUGAUGACCCUAAUAUUCGACGACGUGCUAUCAAAGAAUUGCCGAAUAUUUGUCGCGAUCGAAAAGAAUUCGUUACGAAAAUUGCUGAUGUUCUUGCACAAUUAUUGUUGUCAGAAGAUCAAAUCGAAUUAAAUAUUGUCAAUCAGGCACUUAUAACAUUGGCCAACUAUGAUAUUAAAAGCUUUUUACUCGCAUUAUUUGGCCAGAUUCUUGAUGGUGAAGACGAAACACGUGAUCGAGUCAUUAAAUUUUUUGGUACGAAAUUCCGAACAAUCAAAUCGGACUUAUUGACCAAAGAAAUUGAAGAAUUUAUUCUGGAUAAUUGUAAAAAAAUUUUAAUCGAUGUGACCAAAGAUGAAUUUAUUACAUUGAUGACAUUGUUGGCUGGUCUGAAAAUUUCUAAAACAGUUCAUGGUCAUAAUAAUUUGUUGGCCAUUAUCAAAGAUCAAUCUGAAUUGAAUAAUGAUUUUAUUCCUUCUGAACCGGACUCUUUAGAUAAAUUUCUCAUGUGUAUUCGUCAUGGAAUUCCAUAUUUUUCGCAAUUUUCACCAUCAACUGAAUUUGUUCAAUACAUUUGUUUAAAGAUUCUUCCACAUUUGGCACAAAUCGAACAACAACAAUCCGGUUCGGAACUUGAAGUUCUUCAAGCUCUAUCUGAAAUUAUUUCAUUUGUUUCACCGUCGCUUGAAACGAAUCAAUUUGAACAAUGUCAGAAUGCCGUUUUUCAGUGUUUACUUGGUUACAUACCAAAACCACCAGAAGAUUUAAAUACAUCAGCUACCGAUCUUUCAUCGACAGAUGAUUUGCCUAGUACUCAAUUUUCACAUGUUGAAUGUUUACUUUAUUCAUUACAUCAGCUAUGUAAAUUGAAUCCUAAAUAUUUUGAAGCUGAAAGUAAAGCAAAUGAAUUCAAGGAUUUCAAACUACGACUUCAGUAUUUGGCUAGGGGCGUACAAAGCUAUGUGAACAAAUUGAAAAAGGUAAUCUCUGGCUUGAAACCAUCUGAAUUAAAAACACCGGAAAACAAAAUCAAAAUGAUUGCAUUAAAAGCUACAUCGAAUAUCAAUUCAUUGACCAAAGACUUUUUCAAAAUUCCACCAUCAUAUAAAACAUCUAUACAAUUAUCAUUCAAGAGUUCAAAAUCAACGACCACAACAUUACCUGCUCCUGCUUCCUUGCCAACUUUAGCAUCGGAUAAAAUUGAAGAUAGUGGCGAUUCAUCUACUGCAGCUACUGCUACGGUUGCCAAAAAACGCCCGCUGAUUACUGCACCAGAAGGUUCCGAAAAGACCUCAACAACACCAGCAAAACGUGAACGAAAAUUUUACCAGCCACCAGUUGGUAAAUUUAAUAAAACAACACCCGGGUCAUUUCGGCCACGAUCAUCGUUUAGUCGAAAUUACAAUGCCAAUAAUCAACGAUUUAAUCAACGUCGUGGUGGUUUUGGUAAUCGUGGCGGAAGAGGCGGUGGCUUCAGACGUUUUUAAAUGCUGGUAAUAAUAAAAAAUGAAAAAAAAGAGCAUGAAAAUUGAAAUUUUUUA